AUGAUGACGACGUGCCGUCUGCUGUGCGCCCUGUUGGUACUCGCCCUGUGCUGCUGCUCGUCUGUGUGCACUUCGGACACCCCGCAGACUCAAGUUAAGGAUAAUACAAAUGAGGCCAGUCGUUCCGCUAUUUUGUCAGGAGCAUCAUUGGGGGUCCCUCAGUCAGAAUCGUCACAUACGGAGUCCGGUGAGAGGGAUGGAAAAAUUGCCGGAAAUGGAGGAUCUGCGACCGGUACAGUGGACAUAAAAGAUAAUAAAGGUAUGACAGAAGGUGAUGACGGUGCUCCAGGACCACAAAGUCGCACGACAGAGCCCGCAGAACAGGCAGAUAAGAACUCCGAAGCCUCUGCCGAGACGACCACGAAGAAGAAUACAACACAGGCACCAACUGCGACCACGACCACCACUACGACAAACGCACCAACCACGACUAAGACAACGACUACGGAGACGCCAACCACGACGACCACCCGCGCACCGUCACUUCUUCACAGAAUUGACGGCAGCCUCAGCAGCUCUGCGUGGGUGUGUGCCCCGCUGGUGCUUGCCGCAUCCGCGCUGGCGUACACCGCUGUGGGCUGA